AAAGAAGAAGAAGAGAAGAAAACAGAAGGGAGGAAGAGAAAGAGAACAAAACAGUUCAACAGUGGAGGCUCAAAACGACAGCGUCACCAGUCUGAAUACUCCCAGUCCACAGCACUUCGAACACCAACAGCAAAAUCUCGAGCUCCACAACCUCGUACCACAAUUUCAUUUCACUCUAUCACUCCUCCGGAAGUCAAAAAAUCAGAACUGGUGAAAUUACUGACUGGAAGCAAUAAACACUUCCUGGUGCAAGAAGUCAAAUCUUCAACACCACCAAGGCUGAGUCGAAGAGACGGUUCAAGCGAAGUGUUUCGACUUCCAAGAGAGAAUUCAAACCAUUUUCUCAUUCCACUGGAAAUUGUCAACAGCGAGAGUUUAAAGUGGCUUCAGUACAACCCAGAUAUAAGAGUUAGCAUCCAUGUUGUUGAUGGAAGUGGUGUAGGUGACCAGAGCUCCUCACCGUGGGACGACCAGAGCUCCUCAACUUGGAACGACCAAGCCCCCUCAACGUGGGACGACCAGAUCUCAUCGUCGGACGAGCACAUCUCAGGGCACCAGAAUUAUCAGCAAAAAAAUAAGACUCAAGGAAUGGUGUCUGGUGUGAACGAAGACAAAUCCAGGAAAGAUACAGAUGUAGCAUCAACCACCACCAUCACAACUACCACCAUCGCCACACCCACUACCACCCAAACCACAAUCAGCCGACUGAUUCGGCGGAAUCAACAGCCUACAAAUGAGCAGCAGCUCUUCGGGGCUAUUGGAAAAAGAUGUACUGCCAAAUUACACAAGAGAGCCAUGAUGCAAGAUUAUAUAUUAAGUAACCGUUGUCUUACAGGAGAGGACAUAAGUACAUGUAUCAAGAAGAAUCCACAUAACUGGGGAGUAGAUUCUCAGGAAAAAAAAUACUUGAUUUUAUCACAGGAUGUGGAGGAGUGGGAUCCUGUAAAGACGGAAUGGCCUCGAAAUCAAGGAAGUGUACAGUCCCAACACCUUGGUGAGGGCACAAGAGCUGGUGUUGCAUGGUCCCAACACCAUGUUAAGGACAUGAAACCGGGUACUAAAAGAUCCCAUUACCACAGUAAGGACUCUAGACUGGAUGGCGAAAGGUCCCGACACCAUGGUGACUACAUGAGACAUAGCAGUAGAAGGCAACGGAAAAAAAAGAAGAGAAAGCUUGAAAAAAAGAAAGACCAGGGAGAAAUUACAAAAGGGAAGAACCGAGGAAAACAAAUCGAAGACAGUAACAAAUGGAAUGAAACGUCUAUAAACACAAGGAGAGAUAAUAGCGAAGAAGGCAGAAGACAAGUAGGAAGAAAAGGGAAAAUAAGAGACGAAAAAAAAAGAAAAGGCAAAGAAGGAAGAGCCAGGGGAGAGGAGAGGCAGACAGGUUCGACACAGGACCUAGUGUUGGGGUUGGCUGAGGCACUAGAGCAGAUCCUCAGCACAGAUGAAUUACAGCCUGACCACACAACCCAUCACUCGGCUGCUGAAGUGGACCCGUGCACGGCUUGGUCCACCUGCAGAGUGGAGGAAGUCCUGCAAGAACUGGCUAACCUGAAGUCACUACCCUCUUGCCCCUGCCUGUACCCUGCUGACUUACCCUACCACCACCACCUCUAUGACCCUACCCACCACAUCUACUUUAGAUGGGUGGGAGUGAGCGGAGAGAAGGAGCGGAUAGACGUGUACCACCGUGGUGCCCAUCACUGCAUUAGAUCUCGUGUCACCUCAGCAUCUCUGGCCUCUCAGACCUGUUGCUACGACAGAGAACGAAAACUUCUGACUCGAGGGAGCGGUGCCGGGAGUCCAACACUGGUUAGUCCAGAAGUUAACUUUGCUCUACACUGGCAGGUCGACAUCCUUCCCUGGCUAGCUUGCAGAGGAAACUUUCUCAGAUACCAAGCUGUUCGCCCACCCAACAAUGGUCAGACAUGUGCUGUCAACCCUGAUGACCAUAGGUACCAACAGCAGGUAUACAUGGCAACUGACUACUGACACUCAAUGACAGUAACUUAGAAAAGCAAAAGCAGAUGACAUUUUUUGGAACAUCACAUUAUUAUAUGAGUUAUCUCCUCUAAGGUGGCAUCCUCUAAAUAAGUUAACAAAAUAUUAGUAUUGAUAUAUUCAUGGGGAACAUAAACCUUAUAAGGGUUAUAAAGCACCUAUAAAUUAAGAAAAAUAUGGCUUUCCCACAUUGCAAAACAUGUAUGUAUAUGUUUUAACAAACAACAGUCAUGUCCAGAUGAGCCAUAUGACAAAACCUGGUUACCGUAUUUUGGGCUGCAAAUGCAAAGCAUUUCUUUGGUGCCAUAGUGUCCUCAGCUAGUCAUAUAUAUUCAAAGGAUACUUUUGGCUACUUGGCAUAAUGAACAUUUAGUCAACCUUGUCUUCUGUCUUAAUUUUUGUAAAAAAAUUUUCUCCAAAAUUUUGACCCCUUAAGAUUUUUUCCCACUGCUUAUAUUUUCUAAACAUUUAUCCAAGUAGAUUAUUAACAUUCAUUAAUGUGCUAUAUUUUUUACAUAUUACUGCAUCAUUAUUCACAUUAUGCAGUAAAUAAUCAAUAUAAAUCACAAAAUUACACUUUUGAUUAUACAAAUAAAUUCUUAUGAGCAGUAUUUUGCUAGGAAACCAUUAAAUUUGUGGGUUAAAGAUAUGAACAGGAAACGUGCCUAUUGACGGUUACGUGUCAUGGCAAAAGGCCUUUAGCCUGUACGAAGACUUUAAGAAAGACUCCACUGAAGAGGACACGAAGCCAUUUACAGCAAGUAAGGGAUGGUUGUAUAGAUUCAGUAAUAGGCAUAAUUUGAAAAAUAUAAAAGAUACUGCAGAGGCUGCAUCCACUGAUAAAAAAGUGGAAGAACUUAUUGAAGAACAUAUAGAAGUAUUGAAGAAUGAGGAAUUAGAAGAACUUGUCAAGUCAUUAGCAGAGGAAGAAGAAACUGAAACAGAACCAGCAGUGUGGACAUUGAAAAAAUUUAGCAAAGUGUUUUGGAGAUAUUGGAAAAAUUUAGCAAGUGUUUUGGAUUGCAUAGACUUUAAAGGAAAAAAAUCAUGGAUUACAAUCCCAUGAUAGAACACAGCAUUAAAGCCACCCAUAUAAUCACUGAAGUAUUAGAACCUCUCCAGCAAAUGUUUGAUGAGCUGAAGAGAAAGAAACAACAACUUCCUAUCAUGAUGUUUUUCCAAAAGGUUGAAAAAUAAACCAUGUCCACUAUCGACAGUCCCCAACCAUCAACGUCAUAAUGUCUUAUUGUGCAUAAUUUACCAAUUAAACUUUAUCAUAGGUAUGUAUGUAAACGAAAAACAGCUUAUAUAGUAUAGAGUUCGCUGUUAUCUUGGAAUGUAUCACCCUCUGAUACAGGGGGAACUAUUGUAUUACUAUAUAUUUUACUAGAAAACUAAUUAUUACUAUUCUAUUCGUCAUAACUUAAAAAAACCACGGUACAGGUGGGGUUCGAACUUAUGGCGAGUGAGUCGUAAAACUUCAGGCCAGUACAUAAGCCACUCUGUUCAAACCCCACGCAUACUGUAGCUUGUGUGCAAUUGUGUUAAUAUGAUUUUAUAACUCAUAAUUUAAUUGAAGUCUUUAUUCACAAACUAGCUGGCACAUAUGUUGUGUAAGUAAUUAGAGGUACAUGUAAUUAAAUAGCAACCUAAGGAUAUUGAAGGCCUUGUAUGCAAAAAAUUUGGAAACGAAUGUAUGUGUAUAUAUACAUACACAUUUAUAUUUUGUUAGUAAAAUUUAAUGUGCAAAGAUUUAAAUGUAAACAAAAUCAUCAUAAAACUGUUGUCAGUGAACCUGAAAUUUUUGUAAUAAAAUUUUUCUCAAGGGACAUUAGGGAGUAUGUAUUGUGAAUGCUGUAUGUUAUAGUACUGCGGGCAUAUAUUAUUAUUAAUCUAGUUAAGCACUAAACUUGAAAGGGUCCUACAGUACUACCUGUAUGUAGAUUCAUGUAGUGUAUUCAACAGUCCAUUAUCUUCACUCCAUUCACAAUUAAAAUUCUGAGUGCAGAGCUUUGUAUUAUAUUGAAAAACGCUAAAACUGUGUGGGCAUACAGCACUAAGGAGUUCCGUAAAAAAAACUGCCGAGAGCCUGGCAGUGUAUUAUUUUGUAUAUACAGUACUGUAGUAUAAUUCUUGAACUGAUUCAGCUUUCAUUGUCAUCUUAUGUCUUCUUUCAAUUAAGAAUUGUAAAUGAUACAGAAACCCAUAUUACUAUUACUGCAUAUUCAUGGGAAGCAAUAAAUGCCAAAACCAUAAUAGUACAUAUAUUAAUGUACUGUACUGCAUUCACAACUGUUUUUUGCUAAACUUCAUGGGUAAUACAGAACUAAAAUCCAUAAUUAGUGUAUUCACUUUGUUGUCUACCUACCUAUUAAAUAAGCUUAGUGAAGAAAUGGAUUCUAAUUUUGGAUUAAUUUGUUAGUUAAGUUGAAUGCUCAUUAAUUAUUGUAUUAACCCUUAAAUUGUCCAAACGUAGAUCUGUGUUCGCUUGCGUAGUGCUCCGAACGUAGAUCUACAUUUUUUUACAUGCUUUCAAAUGGAGAAAAUCGAGGUUGGAGUGCUAUGUGCAUGAACGUAGAUC